AACAAACCGAACUCCCCUUCUUGUUUGACGCUCAAUAACCAACCCGGAAAUAGCGGUAGCAAAUCGUUUUUCUUCUGGCUUGUAGCGUGGUGUCCGACGUGAUUCUGUACGAGUAUCAAGCGGCUGACCUCAGCUGGAGGACUGCUACCCCGGCGCCACCUGCCAGGCUGGGCCUCCCUGCUCCUGACUAACAGCCGCACAGCUCCACUGCUGGUAUUGGAACAUGGGGAACCUACUGAAAGUUUUGACAUGCACAGAUCUCGCACAGGAGCCCAAUUUUUUUCUCGACUUUGAAAAUGCUCAGCCCACAGAUGCAGAGAGAGAGGUCUGGGAGCAGGUGGACAUGGUGCUGAAGGAUGCCAGAGACAUCCUGGACGAGCUGCAGGCAUACAAGGGAGCAGGACAGGCGAUCAGAGAGGCGAUUCAGAACCCAGGUGAUGAGGCCUUACAGGAGCAGGCUUGGGCUGCUGUGGUUCCCUUAGUGGGGAAGUUGAAGAAAUUCUACGAGUUCUCUCAGAGAUUAGAGGCGGCGCUGCACAGCCUCCUGGGAGCUCUGACCAGCGAGACGUGCGACGACGCCACUCAGCACCUGGAGCGGGAGCAGGCACUGGCCAAGCAGUUCGCAGAAAUCCUGCACUUCACACUGCGCUUUGAUGAGCUUAAAAUGACAAAUCCUGCCAUUCAGAAUGAUUUCAGCUACUACAGGAGAACCCUGAGCCGCAUGCGGAUCAACAACGUACCGGCAGAAGGUGAGAAUGAAGUCAACAAUGAACUGGCCAAUCGGAUAUCGCUUUUCUACGCUGAUGCCACGCCCAUGCUGAAGACGUUGAGCGAUGGCACAACAAAGUUUGUGUCAGAGAACAAGAACCUGCCGAUCGAGAACACCACUGACUGUUUGGGCACGAUGGCCACUGUUUGUAAAGUCAUGUUGGAAACGCCGGAGUACCGCAGUCGUUUCACCAGUGAGGAGACUGUGUCCUUCUGUCUCCGGGUGAUGGUCGGCGUUAUUAUCCUCUACGAUUACGUCCAUCCUGUUGGUGCUUUCGCCAAGUCAUCAAAAAUAGACAUGAAAGGCUGCAUCAAAGUCCUCAAAGAUCAACCUCCUAACAGUGUAGAUGGUCUUCUCAACGCUCUCAGGUAUACAACCAAACAUCUGAAUGAUGAAACGACCAACAAGACAAUCAAGAGCAUGCUGCAGUAAGACUGAGCUGCUACAACCACUUGCCUCCUCACACCUGCUGCGGAGACGUCGCUCUCCCGACUGAUGUCAAUGCACAGAAUGUCUUUUUGCUGUUUAUUUUUUAAUUGAAAUAAGAGCUGUGGCUCUACCCUCUCUUUGAUGAUGCAAAAUGCUACUGCUGCCACUCUGAACGUGUUUUUUUUGUGUGUGUGUGUGUGUGUGUGUGUGUGUGUGUGCCAGUGUGUGCCAAAAGGAUGUUAGUCUGAUGUGAUGUUUUGGGGAAAUGCCAUUCAACAAUGGCAGCCAGUGAAUGAAUCGUGGAUCCUCUGGUGGUGAUUUUUCUUUUUGAAAUUAUUGCGUUCCUUUCCUACAAAAGUGAUGGGAGUGCUUUGACUUUAAAAUUUAAGAGAUAUAUAGAGAAGUAUAUAUUAUUUUUUGAUUCCUUAUUUAAUAUUCCAUCCUCUGCAUGAUGAAAAUAACUUUUCCCCUAUUUAAAAAAAAAAUAAUGGUUCAGUUUAAUUUGCUCAAAUGUGCAUUAAAUGUUUGGUUAUUGAAAUGGUACCUGUCGACAUGAGAUUAUGAGUACUGUUUGGUUUUUUUUAAUAUAUAUUUUUAUAGGUUUUAAUGUCUUUUUCACAUUUGUCUUAUUUUUAAUUUGAGAACUUAAAACUGUGUGCAAAUCAAUUUAAAAUGGGCAGUGUGUACUGUAAAUGCACAGUGCUGUGGCUGCAGAAAUUAAAAGGAGAACUCUUGUUUUCUAUAACUGCU